AUGCAGAGAAAGGUUAAACAUUACCACGGGGACCGACAAGAAGAAGGUGGAUGGGGAUGGCUUGUUGUUCUGCAUUGUCAUGUCAUGUUCCUGUUGAUAGUUGGACUGACUGGCUCAUUUGGCGUUUUAGUGGUAAGGCUAGUGGAAUACUUUGACGAAGAUGUCGGUGAUGUAUCAUGGAUCCCGUCAUUAUCAACGGCAGUUCAACUGUUUAUAAGUCCAGUAGCUGGCGCAUUGAGCAAGCGACAUGGAACACGUCCCGUCGUCGUAGCUGGCGCUCUUAUUUCUUCUAUCGGAUGGAUAAUGAGCACGUUUGCAACAAGUGUUUUGUUUCUCUGUAUUUCAUUUGGAUUCCUUACUGGUAUCGGAUAUGGACUUGCAUAUGUACCAAGCGUCGCCAUGAUUGGUGAAUACUUCGAGCGUCGUCAUGCAUUGGCAAAUAGCAUUGCGUAUGUUGGUUCUGGUAUUGGUCUAAUAGCAUUGCCUCCAUUUUUGCAGGUUGUUAUGGAUACCUACGGAUGGAGAGGAACAUUUUUUAUUGCAGGUGCAAUUAAUUUAAACAUGAUUGCCUCAAGUGUUCUUUUGCGCCCGUUGAAUAGAAAACUCGAUGACAAAGAUACAUCUACAGUUUGCAACUCAGGAGGUCCAGGCAAUCUGAUUGGUCGGCUGACACAUGGAUGCUUCGUUGGUUCUAUCGAUCUACUUAAACCUGCCCGUGUUUACCUUGGUAGUACAGCGGUAUGUGGAAUCGCAUGUCUGCUCACGCCGACAGCAGACAACUACGUCACGUUGGCACUGUGUGCGGCAUUAAUUGGAUUGAGUUCGGGAAUGUUUAUGCCGCUAAUUUCCGUGGUCAUGAAAGAUUUCGUUGGUAUUGAACAAUUAUCUCAUGCACUUGGACUGUCCUUUUUGCUGAUGGGAGUGGGGGACUGUAUGGGUCCACCAAUAGCAGGUUUACUGUAUGACGCAACGAACAGUUAUACACUAUCUUUCACCAUAGCGGGCGCUGCUCUUCUAGCAUCGUCAUGUCUGCUUCUGUUCGAGAUACCAGUGCGUAACCGGCGAGAUAGUAUUUACCAAAAAGUGAGCCUGUCCUCCAGUGUAACAGAGGGAGAAAGGCUUAGUGGAUGGGACACAGUGUCAGUAAACAUCAUAUAUUUCAAAGACGAUAUGGUGUCCAGAGGACCGGUUACAGAACUUUGA